AAACAACAUUUUAGACAUGCCUAACCUACGCUAGGCCUAGCAUGCAAGUAUCUCUGUUUACAAAAACUGUGUCAUUCUGGCAUGGGGAUGCCGCUAAAAGCAUGCUUGACACUUUAGCGUAGGGCUUAUGGUUGGUAAUUCGUGGCAACGUUUAUCAGUCAGCCUAAGUAAAAGAUGACUCGGUUUGCUAGAGGUGGAACUGCCAAUAAAAAGAAACCGGAGCAGGCAGCAUCUUGGAAGGAUCUUAAAAAGGAUUUGAAAGCACUUCCUGUUGGCCUGCGUAGGACAAAUAGAGACAAUGGACCACUUAACAGGGUCAAAUCCAGAGAUAGCAAUUACAAGUUACAACCUAGAAAAUUCAAACAACAGAUGCUUAUUCCAGAAGGAUUCGAGAAGAUCAAGGGUCGAUUUGAUGAUGACAUGAAGAAGCCAACACUUGUGGAAAGUAUAAAGGAGUUAGAUGAAAAAUUGAAGGAGGAACAGAAGAAAUUAAAUGAAGCAAGAAAAUUAGGAGAUGAAGAAGGGAAGAAAGACAAGAGGAGAGAAGUUAGGAGACUAAAAAGGAAGAAAGCCAAAACAAGUAAAAUGGUUUGUUUUCAUUGUCGUGAAACUGGGCAUGGUGUUGCAGACUGCCCUCAAGUUACAGAAGAGCAAGACGAGGGAGUAGGAAUGUGCUUCCGAUGCGGUUCAACUGAACAUGACAUAAGCAGAUGCAAAGCUAAAGUGAAUCCUCUCAAAGGUGAAGUACCAUUUGCCAAGUGCUUCAUAUGCGAGGAAAUGGGUCACCUGGCUAAGUCAUGUCCUGACAACCCCAAAGGCCUGUACCCCCUAGGUGGGGGAUGCAAGACAUGUGGAUCAGUGGAGCAUAGAUGGUGGAACUGUUCCAGUGUGAAAGACAAAGAUUUAGAAACUGCCAAGCCAUGGACCAUUUCAACUAUAGACCCUUUGAUGAGUGCAGAUGCUGUAGAUGGACUGCAAAUUCAAAAGCCUCGCAAGAAAAAGAAAACUGGGCCAAAAAUUGUCACAUUCUGAACUCAAUUGGAUGGUAAUUCAGAAGGAAAUGUAGGAAAAGCUUGAACUGUGGUUAAGAAUGAAGAUGGUCGUAGUCGUGGGCCACAAUGUACACAAAUUGAUAGUUGUCAUUGCAAACACAAUCGGUGGAGAAAUGACAUGUGAUGAAGAGGGUUUGCUAUACAUUUUAGAAAGUGUAUGCUAAACUUAAAGCGGUUAGCAGAAGUGUCAAAUUUGUCAUCAUGGAUGUUUGCAUGCAAAUUUAUACUGUAUCCCAUUGCUUUGCAAGGGACAUGAAUUGAGCUAGUAGAAAAAAAAAACCUUUUACAUUAUGUGUUAUAUAACCUUGUUAAUGACAUUGUAAUUUAACAGAUAUACAUCUUCCUUUUAAUUUACGAAAUGCCCCAUAUUUUCUACAUGUGUUAAAUCUACCUAAUUUGUGGAGUGGCACAAUGGUCAUUUGAAGCCGGAUAGGCACUAACAAUCAGCCAACGCGAUUCCAUGGAGACACAGAUGUGAUAACUAUCAGCAGAAAACGUAAACCACUCCCACAUAUCCAAGAUGGAUUCAUAAGCCAGCAAUAAUGCUAUAAGUUUUUCAGCUAUUUGGCUGCAAUAAGGCAGGAGCACUGCUACAGCCUUAACAAUCGGCGCUGGUUGUAGCUGCUCCUCGCCCAUAAUAAGGUUGGUAGAACCAAGUCUUCUCGGAUAGGGACUUUAAAAUGGAGAUCCAUUGUAUUGUAGCUACCAUGAAGCGUCUCUUUACAGCUGCUAGGUAGUCACAGACCACGGCCUUACCUUUACCAUGCUUUUAAUUUUUGUGCCCCAAGUUCUAGGCUUGCAUCACUGAAGUACAGAAACAGAAGAAUAUAGGUUUACAAAUUUAUUUUGUAAUUUAAUAAACAUUUAAGAGAUUUCUUAAGUCGUUUGUACACAUGUUUCUGGUUUCAUUGAUUUUCCCUCUUAAUGUUCAUACUAUACACAUUUUUAUUAUACACCAAGACAACACUGAAUAAAUGAUUUCAAUAUUUA